UAUGGUUUUUUUUUUCUUUUCUCUGCGAACGACAGCACCCAUCUCUCUCUCCCGAUUCUUUCAUUUUCGCAAAAUAAAAAAAAAAUUGUUUUUAAUUAAAAAUUCAAUAAAACGAGAGAAAAAACGACGCCCGAAAUUUUUUACUUCAAAACCCUAGGGCUUUCAAUCUCUAGGGUUUCACUCGAUUUUUAGUUUUGUUAAUUCCUGUUAUUUUAUAAUUUAUUUCUUCCAUGGAUACCGAGGAAGAAGAGCCUCACCAUGUCCCUAAUGUUGAUUCUUCUGUUCAAUUGGAAGAUACACCGGUAAGUACAGCAACGGUUUCUGAGUUAGAGAAUCGGAAUAGUGAGUCUAAUUUUGAGCUCGAGUCUGUUUCCGUGUUGGAUGAGGCGGGAGUAUCGACAGAGGUUUCUGCUGAAAAGGAGGAAAGUGAGGGAAAGGGAGUUGUUGGUGAGGCUGCGGCUGGUGAAAAGGGCGGCGAGGAUUUGAUCGGUGGAGAGGAGAAGUGCGAGAUGUUGGGUGGUGGUGUUGAGGUAAAUGCUUCGUCUUCGGGUGUUGGUAAUAAGGAAGGUGAUGGCGGGGAGGAUGGAUACAUGGCGGGGGGGAAAGCUGACGUGGUGGAGGAUGCGGCGGGGGUUGUUGUGAUGUGCAAAAUGGAGGAUGCGUCUGAGAUGGCGAAUGAAAUACUGUCAGCGGGAGGGAUAGAGGUGUCUGUGGCGGAACACAGAGCUGUUGAGUUGGCUGAUGAAGCGGGAAAUUUGGUGGAGCAAAAGGUGGCUGAUGAUGUGCUUGAACGAGUAGAUGUUCCUGAGGAGAAACAGGUGGCUGACGUGGCGGAGGAAAGAGGGAUUGCUGAUGCGGCGGAGGUGGAUGGCGCCACAGAGAGUGUUUUGGCUAAGGAAGAAGAAACAAUCGUGGCAGUAGAAGUGGGUGAUUCAACAGAGCAAACUGUGGUUAUGGAGGAAACUGGAAUUAUGAAUAAAAGAGAGGGGGCUGACGUGUCCGUGAAAAGUGAAAUGAUGGUGGAGAAAGAGGGGGAGCAAAGUGGGGUUAUGGAAGAAACAGGGGUGGAUGACAUGACUGAGAAAACUGAAUUUGUGGAGGAACCGGUGGUUGAGGGAGAAAUGGGAACUGACAUGGUUGAGGAAAGCGGAGUUUUGGAAGAAAAAUCAGUGCUUAAUGUGACUGAGCAAACUGAAGAUUUGGAGUAUGUUCAUGCAGCCAGGGAAAUAGGUAACGAAAUGGCUGAGCCAGCGGAGGACUCUGUGAUGGAGGAGGAAUCGGAGAAAGAAGAAGAUACAGAGUUUGGAAAUGAUGUAGAGGGUGUCGAACAAGAAGAGGAGAGAGCAGCUGAAAUGGGAGAUACUGUAGAGGCAAUGGAAGCAGCAGAUGACACUGAGAUGCCCGAUACGACAGAAGAGUUGGAAUUGGAGGCUGCAGAGGAGACAGAGGAGGCCGCAGAGGAGACGGAGGAUACAGAGGAGAUAGAGGAGGAUAGUAAAGCCAGUGGUGGCAAGAGGAAGCGGGGAAAGAAGUUGAGUUCUAAGGUUCCGGCAAGAGCUCCACCUAGGAAGAAGGUGGAAGAGGAUGUCUGUUUCAUUUGCUUUGAUGGCGGUAACCUUGUGCUUUGCGAUCGCAGGGGUUGCCCAAAGGCUUACCACUCUGCUUGCGUUGGUCGAGACGAGGCUUUCUUUCAAUCAAAGGGUAAAUGGAAUUGUGGUUGGCAUCUGUGUAGCAACUGCAAGAAGAACGCCCAUUAUAUGUGUUUCACGUGUACCUUUUCCUUAUGCAAGGGAUGCAUCAAAGAGGCUGUAAUCCUGUGUAUUAGGGGUAACAAAGGCUUCUGUGAGUCAUGUAUGAAUCUUGUCAUGUUGAUUGAAAAGGAUCAGCAGGCACAAAUUGAUUUUGAUGACCGAGGUAGCUGGGAAUAUCUAUUCAAGGAUUAUUGGAUUGAUUUAAAGAGCAGACUAUCAAUAACUUCAGAUGAACUUGCUCAGGCUAAAAAUCCCUGGAAAGGUGCUGCCAAACAGGAAUCACCUAUUGAACUGCAUGGUUUUAAUGAUGCUGGAGGGUCUGACUCAGAUAGUUCUUCUGGGAAUGUUGAAGUAACCGUUUCUAAACGAAGAAAGACUAGGAGCCAAUCAAAGGCACGUGCAAGGGAGGGUGAUUCUCCUAGCACUAUGGCAACUAGUGCUGAAGGUGCAUCUGCAGAUGAAAGUGCUGAGUGGGCAUCGAAAGAGCUCUUAGAAGUUGUUAUGAACAUGAGAAAUGGUGACAAAUCUGUUUUAUCUCGAAUGGAGCUAAGUCAACUUAUAUUGGAUUACAUUCAAAAGUACAAGCUUCGAGAUCGUCGCAAUAAGUCUUAUGUCAUUUGUGACAUGAGGCUUAAGAAUCUGUUUGGAAAACCAAGAGUGGGUCAUAUUGAAAUGUUAAAUCUUCUAGACCCUCACAUUUUUUUCACAAAAGAGGACUCUCAGACAGAUGACCUCCAAGGGAGUGUAGUUGAUGCAGAAGCUAAUCAGCUAGAGGCUGAUUGGAACUCUGAUGCUUUGACAAAGACCGGAAAAGAUAAGAAACGUAAAACACGAAAGAAGGGUGAUGCAAGGGGACUUCAAUCAAAUGUAGAUGAUUAUGCUGCCAUUGACAUGCAUAAUAUCAGUCUAAUUUAUUUGCGGCGAAAUUUGGUGGAGGAAUUGCUUGAAGAUGCUGAAACAUUCCAUGACAAGGUUGUCGAUUCUUUUGUGAGAAUAAGAAUAUCUGGUGCUGGUCAAAAGCAAGAUUUGUAUAGGCUAGUGCAAGUUGUUGGUACAAGCAAAGUUGCUGAACCAUAUAGAGUUGGGAAAAGAACUACUGAUUUUCUACUAGAUAUUUUAAAUUUAAACAAGACGGAGGCCAUAUCGAUUGAUAUUAUAUCAAAUCAAGAGUUCACUGAGGAUGAAUGCAAGCGGCUACGCCAGAGCAUUAAGUGUGGACUUAUCAACCGGCUGACUGUGGGAGAUAUACAGGAAAAGGCCAUGACAAUCCAGGCAGUCAGAGUCAAAGAUUGGGUGGAAUCGGAGAUAACACGUCUCAGUCAUCUUCGUGAUCGAGCCAGUGAUUUAGGACGAAGAAAAGAGCUUAGAGAAUGUGUAGAGAAAUUGCAAAUUUUAAAGACACCUGAGGAGCUACAGCGUAGAUUAGAGGAGAUACCUGAGAUACAUGUAGACCCCAACAUGGAUCCUAGUUAUGAAUCGGAAGAAGAAGAUGAAGAUGAUAAGAAACAAGAUAAUUAUAUGAGGCCUAGAGGCAGUAGUUUUAACAGGCGAGGGAGAGAGCCAAUUUCUCCAAGGAAGGGAGGUUACAGUUCAACUGAUUCUUGGAGUGGGGGUAGAAAUUAUUCUAGCAUGAAUCGGGAAUUAAGCAGGAACCUGUCUGGUAAAGGAUUUACGAGCAAAGGGGACGAUUCUAUUGGAGCUAGUGAGACGGGGAAUGAAAAUUUAUGGAAUCUAGGACGGGAGAGAGAAGCACAACAACCAAACAGUUGGAGCAAGCCAAAAACGGCUCUAAGUUCGGAAAUUGGGACAAGGAAUACCCAGUCUGUUGUAAUCCAGGAACCAUCUUUGAAGGUUGCAUCGGAAAUUUCACCUGCACCUCCGUCCACAGGAGUAACUACCAGUGUCCAGGUUAAUGAAACUGAGAAAAUGUGGCAUUACCAGGAUCCAUCUGGUAAGGUUCAAGGACCAUUUUCGAUAGUGCAGCUACGGAAAUGGAGUAAUACUGGAUAUUUCCCUGCUGAUUUAAAAAUAUGGAAAACUAAUGAGACUCAAGAUGAUUCUAUACUUUUGACUAAUGCCUUGGCUGGAAAGUUUCAGAAAGACCCUCCUGUAGUCGAUAAUAGCCUUCCAAAGGCUCAAAUGGCCUUGUAUGGGAAUUCUCUUGGAGCAUCCUUGAAACAAGGAAUUGAAAGCCAAGUUGGAGAAAGAUCAAGGCUCGAUCAACAUCGUGUAGCUUGGAGUCCUCAGCGUGUUCUGGCUUCACCAGGUCAAACAGAUAUCAGUUCUUCCACAGUCAGACCUGCUCCAUCUUCACUUGAAAUCCCAAAGCAUUCUCGAGAUACAUGGGUCUCUAACACAAACCUACCUUCUCCUACUCCAAACCAAAAUCCCAUUGGUGGGAAUAAGGGACAAGCAUUUGAAAGCAAAUGGUCACCUACCCCUGGCCAGUCAUCAGGUUCUCUUCCGGUAGCUAAUCCAUUCCGAGGAGGUGCCGUAGGGCUGCAACCCCCUACUGUUGUUUCAGAGAGUGGGAGCCCAGCUGCUCCCGUAGUGCAUUCACAUACGAUGGUGUCAAGUGAAUCACACAGGAGACAGGUCAAUGUUCAGGCCUCAGUUAAUUUAGGUGCUGAUUUGAAAAAUGCAGGUGUAUCUAUCCAGAAUUUGGUUCAAUCUUUGAGUUCUAAUAAUCCUCCUGCUGAAACUCAUGGACCGGGUUCUGUCUCAGUUUCAAGGCAAGAAGCAGUUGCUGUACCCUCUAUGCCUGCCACUGGAACUCAAAGGUGGACAAACGCUUCGACUCAGAAGCUUGAGCCAAAUCCCUCGCUUGCCAUGCCUGCUCAACCUGCUGCUUAUAGUCACUGGAAUGACGCAUCACAGGCCGGUCAAUUCCCUGGGGUUUUCCAAACUCCUGGUCAACCAAAUAUGGUGCCAUCAGAAUCCUGGAGACCUGCUGUUCCAGUUCAGUCAAACGUUCAACUUCCUGCUCCACCAAAUUUACCUUGGGGUAUGACUGUCCCCGAUAACCAAGGUGCCACCACCCUGAGACAGGCACCAGGGAAUCAAAACCCUGGUUGGGGACCAAUACCAGGGAAUCAAAACAUGGGAUGGGGUGCACUGGUCCCUGCAAAUACAAACAUGAACUGGGGACCAUCUAGUCAGGGAUCAGCAUCUGUUAAUCCGAAUCAAAAUUGGGCUCCACCCGGCCAAAGACAAGUACCCGGGAAUGUAAAUCCAGGUUGGUCUGCUCCUGGGAAUACAAUCCAAGGAUGGACACCACCUGGCCAAGGACCUACUGGAUGGGUUGCACCAGGACAAGGUGCAGCACCAGGAAAUGCAAACCCUGGUUAUCCAACACCGUCUAGAAACUCAAGCAUGUGGGGAGGAGCCGGAGCCGAGCCAAAUCACAACGGAGACAAGUUUUCAGAUCAAAGAGAUAGGAGCUCCCAGGGUAACGAAUCGGGUUUUGGUGGCGCCAAACCUUGGAACAGGCAAUCAUCAUUUGGCAGUGGAGGUGGUGGUUCUUCUAGACCACCAUUUAAAGGUCAAAGAGUAUGCAAAUUCCAUGAAAAUGGACACUGCAAGAAAGGGGCAUCGUGUGAUUAUAUGCACACUUAAAAUUUUUGGUACAUGUAGAGCAGCUUAGGGUAGGUAUGUCUGUACGUUAAGAAGGAAAUCCAUUUGAAAUGUGCUGCCAUUAUAUUUUCUUUUGAAUGAUUUUAUGCAUUGUAAAACCUUGUUUCUUUUGUAGUUUUUCUUCUUUAACUCUUUUUUUCCUUCUUCACAUGGCAUGCUGUCUAACAGUGAAUACUUUAUAAUAAGUUAAUGUGAACUAGUGAUGUGAUUAUAUUAGAGUUCUACCCAAAAA